AGUUCAGUUCAUCAAACUCAAGCUCAAAAACACAAUCUCAUUAAAAUCUCAGUUAAUUAAGCAUUUUGGCACACUAGCGAAAAUGAAAGGAGUAGUGAUAUCAAUGUUGGUUGUGUUGGCAAUUGUUCAAUUCGUGAUGCCAGGAGAGGCUGUGGAUUGUGGGCAAGUGAACUCGUCCUUGGCCUCUUGCAUUCCAUUCUUGACAGGAGGGGUCGCUUCUCCUUCUGCUUCCUGCUGUGCUGGGGUCCAGAAUUUGAAGACGCUUGCUCCCACCUCCGCUGAUCGAAGAGCUGCAUGCGAAUGCAUUAAGGCAGCCGCAGCUCGCUUCCCAACUAUAAAGCAAGAUGCUGCCUCGUCCCUUCCUAAGAAGUGUGGUGUUGAUAUUAAUAUCCCCAUCUCGAAAACCACCAACUGUCAGGCGAUCAACUAAGAUGAAGGUGAGAGCUGAGAAAAUAAUAAAGAUUUGGGAGCUAUGAGCUGUCGACAUUUCCUUUUUCUUUUUUUCCUUUUUUAGUCAUUCUGAAUAAAAGAUUGUUGUCUCUAUGAUCCACCUUGUUAUACUGAAAUUCAUGAAAUGAUAAAUGAAUCUCGUUUCACUGUA